AGAUCGGGCCGUCUCAAGCCCGGAAUUAAAGUCGUUGAGGACUCUGUCAGGACCGUUAUCGGCCCACUUUACGCUAAAUCACACGAUCUUCCCAUUCAUGUCCUCAAGUUUGCGGAUCGCAAGAGGUUCUAUUUAGAAAAUAAAUGUCGCAGUGGCAUUGCCGGAGAUUGAAGCUCUUGGAUUGAGAAAUGCAUGGUUCUUUCUGAGUUAUUUUCUUUGUUACUAUUUCUGUACAUUGACCCCAAUCAGUUAAAUUAACCAGGUAAGUUAAGUGUUUUAUAGAGAAACCAAAUGCUCUCUUUUGUAUAUUCUAAAAUCACAUUUGGAGACUUUCUAUUCCUUGAGCAAUUACAAAAUCCUUCUUAUGGUAGUGACAUCCGCGUGGUUAUAAUAUGCUAUAGAAUUCGUUUAGUGCAAAUGAUGUUCUGAUCUUAGGGGAAAUUUUAUGAUAGAUGCCUUUGCUCUCCCAUUCAUUAAUAUUGUUCAACUGAUUUGAGCUUGUUUGGUUUACUUUUAAGCCUCUCCUGUUUAAAACACAAACUUCUUUGAUCUGGAAUAUCUUGUUACACUACUAUAUGGUGAAAUCAUUCUAUAACAUUGCUUCACUUGUGUAAAUCCUUGAAUGUUUGUCGCCUCUAGGGAUGGGCCAUUUUUCCAUCCUUUCUCACAAUGGGAUUCAUUUUGAAUGCACAAUAGUGAUUGGUAUUUAUACUUGGAAGAUGAUGGCCUAUGUGAAUGUCUUUUGGAGAGAUCAAAUUAUAUUCAUCCAGAAAGAGUGGAUAAACCAAUCUGGAUGGAUUAUGCAGGUUGAUGAGUCUGUGCACAAGGUGCAGAAGUGUAUGCCCUCAUCUCUGAGGAGCGCAUCUUUCAAAGCCUACAACCAUGCUCGGGGAGCACCUGUUGCUGCUCGGUGUGUGAUGGCUGAUGUCCAGAAAAGUGGCAUGGUGGAGACGGCUUCUGGACUUGCAAAAUCAGUGUAUGCCAAGUACAAGCCAGUAGCCAAGGACUUCUACACCAAGUAUGAACCAAUGACCGAGGAGUAUGCACUGUAUGUUUGGCGUUUGCUGAAUCAGUACGCCCUCUUCCAACGAGCUGCUCUAGCUGCUGGUCCACUAGCCGGUUACUGCUCAGAGAUGUAUAACCAGAGGGUUGAAGUUGCUGCCAAGAGUGGGUACAAGGUGGCAGCACAUCUUCCAAUCAUACCUAUUGACAAGAUUGCGGAGGCUCUAAGGACUGAUAAUAUGACGCCUGUCGUCAUUGAUGGUGGCCGAGUAGAAGAAGAAAUAACGGCCUAGUAAUGAUUCUUUAGCAGGCGGGAACGACAGAGUUCUCUACUAGAAGUAGGUACGUGUUUUAAGCAGUUUUUUGGAACUAGUAUUUGGUUUUAGAAAGAUUUUUGAUAAUGCAUUUGGGACGUAUGGAUUAUGCUUUGAGACACGGGUCAGAUUUACCAUUGCAUCAACUUGAUAAAGUGGGUUGUUUUAUUCUUUCCUA